AUGGGCAAAGAACCCAAAGUCAAAGAUGUUAUUGAAUUUCCUGACAGCACUGUAAAUGUUAAUUUGAAAUUCGACGAAAAAGAUAUGCGGCUUCUCGAUGAAAGUGAAACGACGGAGACAAUUCUUCUUAAUGCUAUCGCGCACUUGACGCCAGCCUUCGGAGGACUCAUGACGCUGAUGUUCAUGCCUUUUCUGUACGAAUGGCAACGAUUGCAUGGGUCAAAGCUGACAAGGAACUCCCGAUUAUCCUUCAACUAUGCGGAACUAUUGGCACUGGACAAGAACUAUAUUCCAUACUACACAAUGGGAUACCUCUUUGGUGAGAAGUAUAAGGGCUUCAUUAUACCGUGCACUAGUGGUGUAGAAGAUGACAGGACACCGAAUGAGUAA